AUGACCACGCUGCUCUCCGCCUGCUGCCUCCCCCUGCUGCUGCCCCUGAUGCUGCCCCUGCUCCUGCUGAGUUGUGAAGCAAAGAUCAACUCGACGCGCUCCUCCAAAGACAUCUACACUUUCACCAAGAUUCUGGACAGCCUGCUGGAUGGAUACGACAACCGUUUGAGACCAGGGCUAGGAGAUGAUCUAACCAAACCAGAGGAGCACAUCUCAGUUGAAAAUAUACAGCAUAAAGCAAUGGAUCAGGGCGGACUGAAGCGCAACGGUAAUCGAGACGACAGCCUGACAUUUCUGGAGCCUGAAGUUGGUGUGGGUAGAGAGUCAGUAGGGGACACAGCUGAUUCACUGCUACAUGCGAACAUGCACCUGCCCAACAACAGCCCCGCACCACUGCAGAUGGUCCAGUCCACCGUGGCUUCAAACGGACAGGUCGCUCCCAAAAGCCAAGGGAAUAUGAGAAAUAUUUUUGAGUCUCCGGACAUUUGUUUCAACAUGGGGGACAACCUUUCUGUGGUGAACCAUGGCAGCUCCGGUCUGGACCGCUCCUCCACUAACAUAAUCAACACCUCAGAUGUUUCUGUUCUGAGGGACCUGCCCAUCCCGGACCUGUUUGGCUCCCACAUCAAACAGGAGCAGGAUUUUUCUCUGCCUAAGGACCUGGAAGACUUUAACACGCACCCUGGCUCAUGUGAUCUCGAUAGCGAUGUCAGGCUAUUAGAGGACAGUGAGAUUUGGCAAGAUCUAGACUUGCCUGGAACUCUGCCUGAGAUUAAUCAUUUUGAGUUGGAUUCAGAGGUGGCACACUUGGAUAACAUACUCCAGGACAGCAGUGUGGGGGAGCCUUUGCAAGGGAUGUUGAAGGAAGCCAAGAGCCUGGUCAGUAACGGAGGCCACUAUUCUGCCAUGAACGGGAUUGACCCCUACCACGGCUCAAUGCACCACCAGCCCUCCACUCUCCUCUCCUCUGUCAUGAUAAAGGAGGAGAAGGACGACGACUUCAUCCACAUUCAAACCCCUGGAGUGGUCAAACAGGAGAAGCAGGACAACGCUUCUUACUGUGCUAGCCAGUGUCUCCAGAGCAGUCCUCUACAUGGAAACACCAUGGCCUCUAUUGGGUACCAGUACAGACCGGCCACGUCCCCCUCUGUGAACCUGCCCGACCAGAAGCCCUUUGCCAUGUACCCCACACUGCCCCCGGUGGAGGAGGGCUGGGCACGUGGCAGGUAUGGAGAUGGGUCUGCAAUGCAGAGGAGCACUAAUGGACUCGCCUCCCCCUCCACGCUGGCUCCGUACCCGUUGAACUUCUCCAGGUAA